CAGACAGGGCCUGGGGAUGCCAGCCUGUGCACGGGAAUGAAUGAAGGAGGAAGGGUUGGCACUGUAUGUGUACGAGUACCUGCUGCAUGUCGGUGCCCAGAAGUCAGCCCAGACCUUCCUGUCUGAGAUCCGAUGGGAGAAGAACAUCACUCUGGGCGAGCCGCCCGGGUUCCUGCACUCCUGGUGGUGCGUGUUCUGGGACCUGUACUGUGCGGCGCCGGACCGCAGAGAAGCAUGUGAGCACUCAAGCGAGGCCAAGGCCUUCCAGGACUAUAGCACUGCAGCAGCCCCCAGCCCUGUGAUGGGCAGCAUGGCUCCCAGUGAUGCAAUGACUACCGGCCCCAUGGCGGCCAGCUUCUUCCAGCCCUUCAUGUCACCGCGGUUUCCAGGGGGCCCCCGGCCCACCUUGCGGAUGCCGAGUCAGCCUCCCGUGGGCCUUCCGGGCUCCCAGCCCCUCCUCCCUGGCACCAUGGACCCCUCCCCGCGUGCUCAGG